AUGCUUUGGCCUUCAUCAAUACAUAGUGAUGAUGAGUCUUUGAAUCAAGCCAAGUCAAUAUCUUCAGAUAUCCCUACUGAUUCUACUAAUCAUAUUAUUAGUGAUAGUAGCAAUACUGUCAGCGACAGUAAUACUUUGGCUCUGUCAACUUGGAUUUGUCUACACGGGCGGUUACGCGAUAAUAAGCCAAGGCCUAAAUUUACUCAACUUUCUGAAAUGGAUCUUUUCCAUCAUGUAGAAUGCAAUCAUUUGCAACAUCUUGUAAGCCUGGACAUGAAACGUGAAUAUUCUGAAACAGGUAGUGUACCUGAGUGUCAGUCGUCCACAGAACAAGAUGAUUCAUUGCAUUCAGCAUCUAACUCAACUAACAAUUUGUCUUUACAGAUAUGGAUAUCAUCAAUGUAUGCAUGCAUUUAUCUACGUAUGGUUCAAUGUUCAGCCGAGAAUAGAGGUCAAAUAAUACUGUUAGGUGAUCUGUGCUUAGAUUUUCCAAUAAAAAAGAAAAUCCACCAACAAUGGAAUCAUUUAUUUCUGUUCAUUCAAUGGUUUGAUACAUUCAAUGCUAAAGUAUAUCUCAUUAUUAAUGGUUGGUUUGAAUGCAUAGGUGAUCUCUCUGUAGACAAAGAUAUCGCAAGGCGAACAUUCUGUCAACAGUAUCAAUGCACAUUGCCUAUUGUGUAUUAUGGUCAUAUAACUGAUAACUACUCUCUAAAUUGUAGGAAAUAUUAUUUUCAAUUGGGAAAUCUAUUUUUAUUUGCUGGCAUACCAUCUAUUGAUCAAUGGACUAUUUAUUCCAGUAAAGGAUUUUUCAGACAUAAUAGAAAAUCUCAUCAUAAUGACGAUAGUAAUAAUAACGUGAAAUGGAUUGCUAUGUCAUUUACUCUGUUAGGUCCUUGUUGGACAGGUUGUUUCGAUUCUAUUGAAUGCGGUUCAAGGUAUAGAAACUAUGCUACAUGCAUUCUACAAGCACUUGUGCGCAGGUAUGCUUCAGCUAUGAAUGAUGUUGGCCAGUUACUAUCUCAAAUACUGUUGAAAACGAAUUCAUUGAUAACUUCCAAGAAAUGGUUACAUUUUGUAAAAGUCUCCUGUUCGGAGAAUUUAUUCAUUAUGCUACUCAGUAAGAAUUCAAGUUUUUUACAAUUCAUUAUGCCAGUACGGAGAUUACAAGCGUCGACUACAAUGAAAAUGUCAAAGUGUAGUGUUUUAUCGCCAACAGAAAUCAUAGAUGGUGAUGACUAUGAUCAUAAUGAUAACGGUGAUGCAUUUAUUUUGUGUGAUAUAUACAAUAUUCAUCAUUCAGACAACUCGCAUUCCUACAAUAAACAGAAUAGUAGUAAAUCAUAUAGAAAUGAAAUUUAUGCUGAAUCUAUUUCUCGAAAAAGAUUGUGGACAAUAAAGAAACUAUAUGCCUCAUCAAAUGAUAAUAUUGACCACAAUGAACAAUCGUCAUCAUCUAUAGAUUCAAGCGCUUUCUAUUUCAUUACACAUUUUGAUGCCAGUUUUGAACCACAUGGAGGUAUUGAAGUACCUAUUCAUCUGCUAGGUGAACUUGUUUGUCAAUCGCACGAUGUUAUUUUGAUAGCAGAUUGUUUAAAAUUACUUUUUACAAUGUUGCAAAAUUCAAGCACAAUGUUUGCACAGUUUCAUACACCUGCGCUGUCACAUCCAGGAACAGAAAUUCCUAUUGAAAAAUAUUCUAAAGUAUGGUUGAAAAAUUUAAAAUGUCCACCGGGUUUUAAACCUGCUCCACUCAGUUUUGGACAUUGUCUGUUAGCUCGUCUAUUUAAACAUCCCCAUUUCAAUACAACUUUACCAAAUUUUUAUAUGAUAAUGGAGGUUUUGUUCAAUCAAAUAGUCUUCAAAUUUACCAACAGUAACAUAACAAGCAAAUCGAAACAACAAUAUUUACGUCUAUUCAUCGACCCAGGUUUAUUACGUUGUAUAUUGCUGUUUAGUCCACGAACUUUCUGGUAUCCUCCAGUUGAGCAAUCACCUGAAUUUUCCGCUAAUCACUUCAAUUCAUUAUUGUUAUCUACAAAUCGCUCAAUAUUCAAGUAUGGAUUAAUACCUGGAAUAUUUGAAAUCCUAAUGAAUUCAAAUGAAAUGUAUUCAUCAGAUUCAAUAAUUAUUACAUUGUACAAUUUAUAUACACUGGAUAAAUGGCAGUUGAUUAUGGCUUCAGUGACUGGAUUUCGAGAGGCGUUUCUAGAAGAUAAUCCUGCUACUGGAGAAGCUGUUGUUAUUAAUCAGCAAGUUCUUGCACAAUAUACACAGAACUGGCCCAUUCAAACUUUAACAAAUUUUAUCAAAAAUCGUCUGUCUUUAUUAGUAAUUGGUGGAAUAAAUGAAGUAACAACAGGAAAAAGUGCAGAAUCGGUGUGUGACUACCGAUUUCACGCUAAGGGAGACAAGAACAUCAUCAGAAAUGGUCGUCACUUUGAAUAUAUUUCAGGCUUUUUGCAUUCAAAACGUUCGUGUCUAUUAAAUCUUUGUCGUUCAAUUAUUAGUCUAGAUGCUAAUAUGUAUUUGUCAGCAGCUGAAAAAGUUUUCUACACAAUACAUGAUGAUAUCGAUGAUGGUAAUCACGCCUAUUUUCAUCAGUCUGGGCAAAGAAAACAAACGAACACCACUAAGCAGUCUGCAACAACGUCGUCGUCAUCAAAACUGAAUGAUAAUUGGAUAUUUUGGCACCAAACAACUAGAAAGUGUUUGAAUUAUUCAGAACGAUUAAAAGUAUGGAGAUAUUUGUCAACCGCUGAACAGCCUGCUACUUCUGCUAACAGUAUGACAAAUAGGAAAUCAUCAUUGAAAACUAUAGAUGAUUCUUGUAUGGCAAAUGAGACGAUACAUUCAGAUAUAUUAGACACUGGUUUGCUAUCCAAUGCUCUAGACAAUAAUUAUGAGUCAGUGGAACUGCAAGCUCAGCGACACUUACAAUUCAGCAGUGAAGAUGAAAUAAAGUCAAGUGUAAUUAAAUCUACAACUGAUACGAUGAAAGUGAUUUCAGACUCCGGUGUUAGUAUCUCCUCUUUACCCGAUUCUGGUGUUGAUGGAAGUAAUCCAGUUAAAUCAGGCAAUAGUGAUUGUGAUCUGUCUAAAGACACGACUUCUGUUCGUAUAAAUGAAACCGGCGGAACAAAUAAACCAUCUAAAACUGAUUAUACCAAUGAACGUUUAUUGGAUUGUGUUAGAAUACGUGUUGAACAAAAUGCUGAAUUGUCCGCAUUACUGAUCAAAUGUUUAGACGAUUUAUGGCAUAAAUGCUUUCCAAUUGAAUUAUUGUAUAAAAAAUAUAUGAAAAAUAAAGGCAAGCCUACUUUUUCCACAAUCAAAAUGGAAAACGAAGCGGAGAAGAGAACGAUGGCAGGCGUAGAACUUUCUUCAUCAUCUUCUUCUUCAAAGUGCAGAACUGCUAAAGAGAGACGUAUAAAUAUUCUUAAAGAAAAUUUUUAUCAGUCUAAUGAUUGGUAUUCAUUUGAAGUGAGAUCAAAUUAUGCCUUAUUGUCAAAUGUUACCGAUUCGUCUGUUUCGUCAACUGGUUACGCUUUAAUUCGUCCGCCUUUAUGGCUUAUCUACAGUUUAUUUCGACAUCCAAAUUUGUCUUUGCGUGAAAGCGCUCUCAGUGGCUAUUGUGUUUGGUUGCAUUUUGAAGCCAAUAAGUGGAUAAAACGAUGUAAACAGUUAUAUAAGAACUUUAAUCAGUCGGUUUAUUUUGAUUGUUCUCCGCCUACAAAUUGUACUGUUGGUGCUAAUACAAAAGCGUAUACAACAGUACCACCGCAUUUAUCAAGAGUACGUGUAUUCACUACAGGCUUAUUAUCACCGACAUCACCGUUAUGGUGUGUAUCAGAUUCAAAUAUGAAGACAGAUUUCAAAUUGUAUAAUAAUCGUCAUUUGUGUUCAGUGAAAUUGCUGAAUAGAGCAUUCGGUUUAAUUUUACAUGGAUCAGGGAAAUUCACAGCUAUGAAUGAGUUUAAGAUGAUGUCUAAGGAACAGUCGAGCUUGUUUACCACCAAUCUGUUCAUGGUGAAUAAUACUUGCUCACUGGAGUCAUUGCAUCAGGAUGAGACUGGAUUCAUUUCAGAACCAGUGUUCCAUCGUCGCUCCCAAAAUAGUUCUAAUGACCACACCAGUCGUCGAAUACCCAAUAAUUUCACGUGCACGGAACUAUCAAAUAGUGAUAAUCACAAUGUGAAUGGUGAAAAUGAGUGCAAAGAUGCUCAUUUCCAUAAGUAUUAUCUGUUGUCUACGUUUCCUGUAUUAUAUUCCCUCUUGAUUGGAUGUUUUGUGGAUGCAAUACUAAGUUGCAUUGUUAAAGCCGAAGCGAAUUCCACUAACCAACAGUACAGUGGCGAUAAUGAUAAUAACACUGACAAUGAUGUCUGUGAUAAUGAUACUACAUCAGAAAUCGAAUUAUGCACUAAUGGUUUAAAUGUUUUAAUAAUUAUUUUGCAGGAUUCGGAUAAAUGUAUUCUUAGCACAGCUGUUAAAUCAGGUCUGUUACCAGUAGUAUUCAAUUUGGCCUGGUUAUUAGAAUUCGGUGUGAAUAAGGUGAAUGCCUUGGAGGGAAACAACAAUCUUUGCAUUGUUCCUGCUUUAAUGCCUAUUCUGACUAGUUUAAGUCGUCUGGCUAGUCGAAUAACAAGUUGGUUAUUAAUGGAUGAGAAAUUCACUUCUCCUAAUGACAGAGUAUUCAGAUUUCAGUCAGUAGUAGCAUUUGUUAAACAUUUAAUUGCAAUGAACUGUGUACUAAGCGAUAAUGAUGCCGGUGACAACAACACUUCAGAAACAACUACAGAAUUACAACUUAAUCCCGGCCCAGUUAGCCGUUGUCUUGUACGUCGAGUUUUAUACAGUAUUCUUGAGACUUCCACUAAUCACUUAGACAAAGUGGGAAAUCAAAUUGAAGAAUUAUUCAGUCAAGAAAAUGAAAAUAAAGAAAAAGAAAACAACUUACUCAAUAACCUCAGUGAACAAACCAACCAUCUUCGUGAAGAAUUAAAAUUACGCUAUGACCAGUUAAAAUGGAUAUUAAAUUGCAUAGUUAAUGUUCUUAUUUAUUCGGCUUAUCGAGAUGAAGAGAUGAUCGCUUUGAUGACAGAAUUCAGUUCAACUUAUGAGAUUUCAAGUCGCGAAUUUUCGAGAGUUUCAACGCCGCCUAGUACGAGCCAACUCAGGGAUCAGAAUGAAAUAACUUAUAGAAGUAUAAGCAGAACUUUUGCUCCUCCGCCUACAUCUCGUUACUCCUAUCCUUAUCACGAUUUUGUUCAUAGUGAGCAAUACCCUUCAUCUAAUAUUCUCCGACAUUCCACUCAUCUUCCGCCUGUUUUGCCGUCUUCUUUUACCUCUUCUUCUUCUUCUUCUGCUUCUUCUCGUCUUCAUAAUGACAUGUUAAGUAAUCAAAAGAUAAGAACAUAUCUUCUGUCUACAAAAGGUUCAAAUUCCUUUUUAUCUAUGCAACAGAGUUUAGAGCAAGCACUGGUCACUUCUAUGUUCACAACUGCUUUACAGAUUAAAAAUUCUGUUACACUAAAAAUCCCUAAAAUCUCAAAUUUUCUCACAACAAAUGAUUUCAUGAACCUUUUCACUAAGUCGCUCAGCCGAAUCCUUAUCUCUCGGACGCAAUUACCAGAGGCUGGUGUAUCUGUUGACUUUUUAGUAACAUAUUUGUUAAAAUUGUUCAAUGAAGAGACAGGAUUGCUAAAUUUGUGCUUAGCAGUAUUACCACCUAUGUACUCACCUACGUUCUGGAGCAACUUAAUCAGUGUACAGUAUUGGCUUAGUCGAAAUGUUAAACCCAUGUCAACAUUUCUUACAAAUAUAUCAUCAAGUAAUCAGAAUAUCAAUAAUAGUAAUAAUAUUAAUGACAGUGUUAAUCACCAGAUGAAUAUAGAAAAUGCCACGUCAGAAUCUUGUCUACUCAACUUUCACAUUGUAAAGCAGUUGACUCAACUGCAUAAUAUCCUCAAUGCAUUACUCACUGUUCAUUUUAAUGCUGAUUCAUCAACGCUACCGAUUGAAAUUUGUCAAACACAGAAUUUACCAGCCUAUUCUUUAUUCCUAUCAUCGUCAUCUUCACCAUCAAUAUCCUUGACAUCUUGUGUCCGAAGUAAAACAAUCCUUGUAACACGUUCAGAGAUUUUUACUUAUCGUGAAUUAAUUAUAAUUGCCUAUAGAAAAGCAAAGGACCAAUGGAAGAUAUCAUUGUCUAAUUUAAACGAGGCAAUGAAUUCCAAGUUGUCAAUUGAUAAUAAUGAUUUAAUAAAUCAUGAUAAAAAGUCAAUACUUGAUCAAUUGAUUCAAAUGUUUUGGUCAAAAUCGACAAGCACAAAAUCAAAUCUAGAUGAUGAUGAAAAGAAAUUUGCUGGAAAUGAAGAAACACCUUCUUCUUCUAAUCAGCUUUCUUUCUUUAUACCAUCGCAUAGCCGUUUACCGAGAAAAUUCUCGAUUGCACGUUUAGCUGGUCAAGCUAGAAAACAAUGUGUUGAAGGUCAUAAUGCCUGGAUGGAUGCUUAUAGUGAACGUAGACGUAUUGUAGGCCCAUUGGGUACUAUACUUUGGGCUCGUUUAGCUGAGAAUAUAAGUCAUAACAGAGGAUUAUUUUAUCAUCCUGAAUCAUCACCGUCUGGUUGGUGUGUUGAUCCCGUAGAGGGGUCCUUACGUCAGCAUUAUCGAUUCUACUAUACACAUUUACCAAUUGCUGAGCGUUUAAUACACUCUUCAUCUCGUUCAAAUCUAUCAUCCAAUCGUCAACCGCAUUGUCUUGCUUCACUAAUCGGCUUGCCUGAGUUCAAUCAACCUCCACCAGUUGGUGCAGCAUGUACAUGGUCUGAUUUACCAUUAUGCUUACCUUUGCCUGCAAUCCCCUUGAUACAAUUAGCCUCAGCUAGUCGAUAUCAUAUUAAAGCUGUUUGGGCGUGUCGAUUAGUCGGUCUACUGCAUAUUCCACCAGUUGAAGGUGAUUUAGUACUCGGACAAUCAUGGCUACGCUUUCAACCCGACCCUGUGAUCAGUAAUAAUAAUAAUAACAACAACAAUAAUAUGCAAUUCACAGAAAUUGAGUCAUUAUAUCCUUAUCAGAGUCCAUCUAAUCGAUUAUGGUUUGCAUGGUCUUUAAAAUCAAUUGAUCAUAUUGAAGAACGCAGAUAUUCACUUCGUGAUGUUGCUGUGGAAAUUUUUCCUGAUGAAACUGAUGUCAACACACCUAUGCUAUUUGCUAUGCAGUCUACAAAGGACAGGGAUAAUUUUAUUAAGACUAUUUCUCCCCUAAUUGGCCAUCACCAUUACCAUCACAGCCUUUAUCAGUCAGUGAAUAUUUAUGAACCAGAAGACAAUAAGCCGGACUCUCCGAAUCAACAUCAUUAUUUUCGUGCUUCCCUAUUUUAUCAUCAAAGACAAUAUAGAUUGAAGGGUAUUCAACAAGCUUGGAUCAAUGGUGAAUUAUCUAAUUUUGCCUACUUAAUGGAACUGAACAGUGCUGCCGGUCGAAGUUACAAUGAUUUAAUGCAAUAUCCAAUUUUUCCUUGGAUAAUACGUGACUAUGAAAGUACGGUUUUAGAUUUAACUCAACCAACUACAUUUCGACUAUUAAACCGUCCAAUAGCUAUCCAAGAUGAUGAAAGAGCUAAAGCUGUAGCUGCACGUUUCAAUGAAACUGAACUAGAAUUGAAGUAUUCACCGACAGGACAUACUGAAACAAUUUCAUCGAAAUCUAAACCAUCUGAUCUAUUGCCGCCGUAUCACUAUCCAGCACACUGUUCAAAUGAAGCAAUAGUACUCCACUAUCUUAUUCGUUUACCACCCUAUACAUUUCGUCAUUUACGUUUUCAAGAUAAUAAUUUUGAUGUACCAGACCGAUUGUUUCAUUCUGUUGCAACAACAUGGCGUUUAGUUACAACAUCUGUUUCAUGCGUUAAAGAACUAGUUCCAGAAUUUUAUUUUCAACCAGAAGUAUUUAUCAAUCGUAGUGGAUUGAAAUUGGGCUAUAGACAACCGGGUGAUAGUGUUGACUGCGUUGAAUUACCGCCCUGGUGUAAAAAUGAUCCUCGACUCUUCACUUUAAUCUGCCGUGCUGCAUUAGAAAGUGACUACGUAUCAAUGAAUUUAUCUCACUGGAUUGAUUUACUAUUUGGUUUCAAACAAACUGGUGAAAAUGCUAAAAAUGCACUGAAUUUAUAUCAUCCAUAUACGUAUUUCGGUGCAAUCGAUGUGGAUACAAUUACGGAUCCUCUUUUAGCACAAGCUGUUGAAGCCAUGAUAAGUAAUUAUGGUCAAACACCUAAACAAUUAUUCCGUAAACACCCUCAUCCAUAUCGACAAUUAUCAAUAUCUAAUGAAGAGGUGUUGAAUUAUUCGCCAAAAUUUGAUAAUAUAUCCGCUGAAUCUUUACUACUACUAACUGAAAGUCACGAGAAUGAUGAUCGACGUUCAACCUAUCAUUCUGAUGAUAUCGAUGGGAAAUUACUACAGACAACCUUCUCGUCUAGACUGGAUAAUACACCAUUAGAAACAGUGAUUGGUUUGAAAUGGGGUACAUGGGCUGGUAGUCCACAAGUGGGAUCUUUUGAAUUGUUCUGGAAGAAACAGCUUAUUAUGGGUACAACACCGACAGAAAACAAUUCACUGCCAUUCAUAGGCCAUUUAACUGGUUCUGUUUGGUGUGAAUUCAGUGAACAAACGUCCACUGUAAAUCCUAACAGCAAUAAUAAUAAUAACAGUCCAAAUCAACUUGACAGAAUAUCCUCAUUAACUUGCAAUAAACUUUAUCAUUCAUGGGAUGGUUGGGUAGAUUUUAAUAUCGAACAUACAACCAGUAAAUGCUUGUUUAAUAUUAAAUCUCCGUCUUCAUUACCGUCUUCAUCAUCAUCAUCAUUAACAUCACCUGGGACGUCGUCAACCUUUUGUAUUAAUAAUCAAUUUGUGUGGUAUUGGAAAAUUCUUUUGUGUGAAUCCACUUCACGUUUAUGGAUAUCUUUAUUACCAGAUGUCCAUACAACAACAACAAAUAGUAACAAUAGUAAAGAACGUCUCGUACCAUACUUAAUUAAAUUGAAUACAUCAUCUAUUAUAGAUAAUAAAACUGUGAGUAUUACUAUGAAACGUUUGAAUAAAAACUCGACAGAAAGUGAUAAUCCUGCAGGUAUUGAUUAUACAACUGAUGUGCAUCAGGCAUAUAAAGGCAUAAAUUUACAACUGCCUUAUUCAUGUAUUCAGCUGACAAAUGAUCCAAAAGACUUGAUUACUUCACUCGCUGUUUCACCGUGUUCUAGUCAAGGUAUACAAUUAUUUAUUGGUACAUGUUUUGGUUCUAUUUAUGCAAGACAAUUACCAAUAAAUCUAAUGGAUAUAUCAGAUGUAAAUGGUUGGUUGCCACAGAAUUAUCAAGAUAUCUCAGUGUGGAAUACAAACAAUCCUCGUGUAUUGUAUGAUAUUAAGAAGAGAAGAAAAAAGACCAAAAUAAACAUUAAUUACUCAAAGUUACUCAACAACAACAACAACAAUGAUAGCGGUAAUAACAGUCGAAAUGGUCACUCUGAUUUAGAUGUAAAAGAAGCUGGUCUCUGGGAAAUCACUGGAUGGAAACAAUUGAUUGGUCAUACUGGCUGUGAAAUUACAGUCUUGGUUAUCAAUCGAAAUAACAGUUUAAUUGCUAGUGGUGACGAUCAAGGUCAGGUGUGUCUAUGGGAUAGAUAUCGUUUGUCAUUAAUUAAAACAAUAAAUACAAAUAUUUGCAGUAGCAAUACCUGUACUACGAGCAAUAGUAAUAGUGACGACAACAGUAACAACAAUAAUAAUAAUCAAAAUGACUCAGAACAUCUACCUAACGAAUCUGCGUGCAAUCCCCAGGCAUCGAAACAAUCAGCUGACAGGAAUGAUGGAAGUGGAGAGGACAACAGUAACUCAACUAGCCGUCAGCACAGUUCUACUAGAAGUAGUAGUUGUAAUUCACCUACAGAAUUCAUAAAUACCAAUAAUGAUUCAGUAUUGAAUAACUUCAAACGUGUUGAUGGUAUAUGCUUCAGUUUAACAUCUGGUGAACUGGUUAUAGCCAAAUGGAAUUAUCAUAAUUAUCAUGUUUGUUGGCUCGGUGUGUACUCUUGUUCUGGAGUUCGAAUAGCUACGCGUAUUUUAGACUUUAUGGCUGAAAUCAAUGACUCGUUACAAGAAAUACCAUAUUUGCAAACGCCUGAAGUUCAUUUCCCUGUCCCAAUGGCUUUCUCCAGUGUUUCUGAAGGCAGAGGAGUUAACUGUUUAUUAAUCGGUGGUCCAGGAGGUCGUUUGGUAUGGUUGAACUCGUGGACGCUAGAUACAGUACGCACAUACCUGCUCCCGAAUAACACAAUGAAUUCACGCAUUAUAUCACUUUGCUUUGGACCAUUAGCCAGUACUUAUAGCAAUACAUAUCAGUUAUCGUCUAAAGAUUUAGGUGAAAUACUAUGCCAAGGUUUAUAUGUUCUUGAUCAAACCGGCUGUCUAUAUCAUUUCGGUCCUAAAUGUGGAUUGCACAGAAGAACUGUUUCAGAAGAUACUUCUUUGAAUUCAGAUAAUCUAUGCAAACAGUCUGUUGCAUUUUGGUUGAAUACAUGA